GAAACCGGAAGUCCACGUCCAAUCGCUGGCAGUUGCAGAAGGUGCACAUCCAGCGGCGGAGAUUCUGGACGGAGGACUGCAAAAAACAGUCAAUACCUCGAAGAAUAUCAACCAUGUCUGCUGCUUUCUACGUUUGCUUUCUCCUCUGGUGCUUUCAGAUCAACGCAGCCGGAGCACAGCUGCCCCCCCCACACAACUUGAACGUUAUCUCCAUGAACACCAACUACACCCUGAUCUGGGACUGGGACCAAGGCUCUGCAGAGAGUUGCGCCGUCAACUUCACCACACACUAUGUGGCGAAGUUCAUGCUGAGGUCUAAGAAAAAGAGUCCGAACUGGAACACAGGGUGUGAGACGACGUCACAUAGGUCAUGUGACCUUACAAAUAAGAAUCUGUUCUACCUGGGCAUCUACGUGUUUCGUGUGCGAGCCAGUGUGAACGGGACUGACUCUGAUUGGGCGACGAUGGAUUUCUGCCCUGAUGAAGAGGCUGCUCUGGGUCCUCCAAGCAAAGUGGCUCUGUCUCCUGAAGGCAGAAACCUGGACAUUGUGAUCUCGGACCCUCUGUCCAGCACCAACCGCUCCAUGAGGGAGCAUCAUGAGGAUCUGUACUUCCACAUCCGGUACUGGGAACGCUCUGCAGACGGUCAGGUUAGGAGCUCACCUCACACCCCUCCGACAAAUAGUUGGCCCAACCAGACUAUAUUUAUUUGUAAUACCAAAAUAAUUAGAAUCCAAAAGUCCUCAAACUUCAACUUGUUGCUGUUGAUGUAGCUGUUGAUGUUGGGACCAGAAGCCUGUUGUUCUGUGAAGACUCUCAUACAGUUUCAACCGUACAGAUCUACAGACACAUAUUACAGCAGAAGAAAAAGCAACAGUAUUCACACUUCCCAUUUUCUGAUCAGUCCCCAAAGACACCUGGUGAAACCUGAGGCUCACAGCGAGCCGCAGUGAGCACCUGCUCUCUGCUCCGUGCGUUCAGACGGUGUUGCUGUUUUUGGUUUCACUCGUGCCCUCUCUGUGGAGCAGGGGCUUCCUGUCUUUGCCAUAAGGCAGUGAAUGACAGAAUAAGCGUCUGGCGCUUUGAUGUCUUGCAAGCUGCUUGCAUAUGAAACUGGUUAGAAGAUGAGGUGAUUACGUCUUAAAAUAACCCAGAGCUAAAGAGAAUGCCAAAAUGUUUGGAUAAAGGCCACAGCAUACGAGCUGCAUGAGCUGCAUAGAGACGAUACACCGUAUAUUGCCAUACAGUAUGCCCUAAGGCAAACCAGUACUCUACUAGACAUUUUAUGAAGCUAAAUAGGUGCAUUAUACAGGGUUCGUACGGGUGCUUGAAAUCCUUGAAAAUGCUUGAAUUUUUACGAGGUGUUUUCAUGACUUGAAAAGUGCUUGAAUUUUGGGAAUGGUGCUUGGAUUUGAGAUAAAGUGCUUGAAAUUGUAAAUGCUUUACU